GGCUGAAAGCCCUAUUACUUAGCCGCACGUUGCGUUGAACCACUCGAAUAUUCUUUGAGGAGCCCAAUAUCGACGGGACAUCAUCAAUCAGUAUUUGUACCAAAUAACAUUCAUCCCUUUGAAGAUGAAGAACUUUCUCGCAAACGUCGACUAUACCGCGGUUCCUGUGCCGCCCGACUUCAUCCCCUCGCUCCAAACCCCACAGCAGCAGAUCCUAUGGGUGGGCUGCUCAGACAGCCAGAUCAUCGAGACAGACACCCUCAACGUCCCGCGUCAAGAGUUCUUCGUCCAUCGGAACCUGGGCAACAAGCUGUCUAAUGGGGACACAAGCAGCUUGAGUGCAAUCGAGCUCUGUGUUGAGGUCAUCCAGGUCAAGCACAUUAUCGUGUGCGGACAUUACGGCUGUGGCUUGAUCAACACUCAUUCAGACAUAAAAUCCUACGCGGGCUGGCUCUCCAGCCUGAACGAUCUGGAGACAGUGAGCGAAGACAAAUUCGGGCACGGCAGCGGGGUGGAGGAGCGUGACCGGCGGUUAGUGGAGCUGAACGUCCUGGCAGAGGUCCAUUGGAUCAUGCAACAGCCGAGUAUCAUGAAAGCGAUCCGCGAGAGGGGUUUAGAAGUACAUGGCUUCGUCUACAAUCCGGUUAGGAACUCGUGUGUAAAGCUGGAGAUAUCGCCGGCGAAUAUCAGUUGAUACCAAGUAACGUACCUUACCUGUUAUUAAGCUUUUACUCCCAUCGUCCAUUUCUUAUCAACGUG